AUGAUGCUGAUGUGUCUCGCCUUCCUUGCGCUUCCUCAACCCAUUCUUGCCGCUGACACCAACUCGAGCAAUUGCACAGAGGGGUUGAUCUUUCCCAUCUUCAGCGGCGAAGGGUCGUGGAACACUGGUUUCCGUGCCUUUCUAUACAUUGUUGGCCUGCUGUGGGCGUUUGUAGGCAUCGCGAUCCUCAGCGACGUGUUCAUGGCGGGCAUCGAGACCAUCACAAACAGCACUUACAAGAAGAGGGUGAAGAAGAAGGGCGAGGACGGGAAGCCCGUCAAAGGAGCCGACGGAGAGUUCAUCUACGAAGAAGUAGAUGCUCUCAUCUGGAACCCGGCAGUGGCAAACCUGACGCUCAUGGCCUUGGGAAGCUCGACGCCUGAGCUGCUUCUUGCCAUCAUCGAGACCUUUGGAGCCAACUUCUAUGCCGAUGACCUCGGGCCAGGCACCAUCAUCGGCUCGGCAGCAUACAACUUGUUUGUGAUCACUGCUCUGUGCAGCAUGGUGCUUGGUGCUGGUGUGAAGAGAAAGAUCACAGGGUUUGUUGGAUUCUGCAUCACCAGUGUGUUUUCUGUUUUGGCAUAUAUCUGGUUGCUCAUCAUCCUGAUUGUUUCUUCACCUGAUGUCGUAGAAGUCUGGGAAGCAGCGGCAACGCUUGGUAUCAUGGUCGUCCUUCUGAUUGCCGUGUACAUCGCAGACACUCACACAGCGAGCAAAGUCUCACCCGAGGAGGAGAAGCGAGAUGAAACCCAACCUGCAUCUGAUGAAGUCACUCGGAUGGACGAGGACAAGGUAGUGACGGUCAGCAACGACGCCCCGUUAAAUGCAGGCAAGAAGUUCGAAAUGAGCCCAGGAAGCAACAAGUUCCUUCAGGCGUUGGCGCACAACGACAAGACGAGCGAGCACUGGAAGAAAGCUGCGAUCCACGCUCACCUGGUGGGCAAGGAUGGAGCCAACAGGUUCAUCGAUGUGGUUCGUCUUGCGCUGGCGAAGAAUCAGAAGGCAUCUUACCUGACGUACCGAAGAGCUUUCAUCAACAACACCUUCGAGAACAGGAAGGCUCUGCAGAAGAUUCAUGAACGUUCAACGCAAGGGGCUGAGAACGAAGCACAUGGAGAUGGCCAAGUAGCAGCUGGCAACGGAGUGGCAGAGGUGAAUGGAUCCCCCGGAUCCCCCAAGCCGAAUGGCAAUCAGGCCUUGGACGAGACAGCAGGCGACAUUGAGGAUGAGCCAAUCUCAUGGAAAGAUCAGUUUGUGCGAGCUUUCCAAGUCAACGAGGAUGGAGACUGGUCCAAGGCGUCCGUCAACGAAAUCUGCAUUUUCAUCCUCACUUGCCCCUGGCAGUUUGUGGCUGCCUUUAUCCCCCCCCCUAACCUCGGAGGAGGAUGGUACUGCUUCUUCGUUGCCCUCGGCCUGAUUGGCUGCGUCACUGCCAUGGUAGGAGACCUCGCUUCCAUCUUCGGCUGCCUUGUGGGGCUGGAGAAGCCUGUCACUGCCAUCACCAUCGUUGCCCUCGGCACUUCGUUGCCUGACACCUUCGCUUCCAUGAUCGCGAUCAAGAUGGACGACACGGCCGACAACGCGCUGGGGAACGUGACGGGAAGCAACUGCGUCAACGUCUUUCUCGGUCUCGGCAUCCCCUGGCUGUGCGCUGCUGUCAAGUGGGCGGUGACUGGACCGGACGACCAGUGGAGGUUGAAGUACCAGAAAUGGAGCAGGUUCCAACAGUAUGAGAAGACGGGAGCGUUUGUGGUGGAGGCCGGGUCCCUGGGCUUCAAUGUUCUUAUCUUCGCCAUCCUCAGCAUCGCCUCGUUCGUUGUCAUCUUCGGCAAGAGGUUUGCCUUCGGAGCUGAGAUCGGCGGAUCGCUUGUCAACAAUAUUGUUACCAGCUGCUUCCUUUUCUUGUUGUGGGUCAUCUACAUUCUUGUUGCAAGCUUGCAGGUUUAUCAUCCAGACAGCUUCGUUCACAUUUAA